AUGUUGUGCUUAUCUAGUAUUUUUUGUUUGUUGUUUUUAACACACCCGGCAUUAUCGUACACAGAAGAAGAAAUUGAUUACUACGAGACGCAGCUAAACAAAGCAAUAGAGGACUCAAAAACCUACCAACCUGAUACUAGCGCAGAAAAAUACCGAGCUAUACGAUUUAGCCCACCAGAAGAUUGUGGAGAGUAUGACUUCAUCAUUGUUGGAGCUGGAUCUACUGGAACUCUAUUAGCAAACCGCCUAUCUGAAAUUUCUGGCUGGAAAAUAUUGCUGCUGGAAGCUGGUGACUAUGGAAAUAAUAUUACCGACGUUACUGGGAUCAGUUACAAAGCUUUAAUGAUGAGCGAUUAUAACUGGGGAUUUUACAGUAUUCCACAAAAAAAUUCUUGUUUAGCCAUUCGUUGUCUUCCUCAAUAUGCAAAAAAUACGGCCAAACCCCCUGCUACGUUAGUAGUGACACCAGACUCAAAAGAAUAUGGGAAACUACCUCAGAAAGAUCAGGUUUUAAGCUCUGACUUUGAGGAUAAAACUAAACCAAAAUUGUUGUCCUGGGAAAACAUAAAUAAUUUUAUGAUAUAUCUGAAUAUUUCCAAAGAUCUGCCAAGUUCCUUGGACCCAAAUUAA